AGCAUGAUGCGCAUGCGCAGUUCGCCAUAAAUCGCCAAACAGUUGCGGUUCCACGAGUUUGUGUUCCUUCCACCGCUCUGUAGGCUACAAUCUUGCGGCAGCAUAAUGAUUACUAUUUCUUGGAUACAUUAAACUAGGAUGAUCAGCCCGGCGGUGGCAGAGGCCAGAAGGCGUGCGUUUUAAACAACAAGCAGCUGUAAAUCUCUGGAAGCUAGUGGUAACGAAGCUGUGCUACGUGCUAAUGUUAUGAGACUGAACCGCGGAGAAACGCCGCCUGUGAUUGACAGCUCACUGACUGCUUUGUGUUACGGAUUUAAUCGGGUUGAUCCUGGAAUGGGGCAGUGGAAGCUUCGGUCUGUGUAAUUUGCUAAACGGGGAGGAGAGGAAGCAGGCGUUACCGCUGCGGGCCUUCGGUCACGUCGCACACGACUUCAGUGACCGAUACGUUAUAACAUGGGGACCUAAAGUGAAUUCAGGUUAAACAACACUUUUCCGCAAUUUUCUCGGACUUCGCUCUUGAAAUGGCCGGUUUUACAGAUCUGCGGGAGAAGCUGAAGUCGAUGACACCGCACAGGGACAAAGUUUUCGAGUACAGCGACGGGGAGAAGCGCAAGUACCACGACUCGGAUGACGACGAGAGCGAGCACGAGGAGCGGCGGGACGCAGAGGCGAGCAAAGUUAAAAGUAGCAUUAAGCAAGCGAAUAUCUUCACGCAGGAGGAGUGCGCGCGCAUUGAGGCGAAGAUAGACGAAGUGGUUGCCAAGGGAGACAAGGGGCUCUACCGGGAGCACACGGUAGACCGGGCGCCUCUGAGAAACAAGUACUUUUUCGGUGAGGGCUACACGUACGGCUCGCAGCUUGAAAAGCGCGGGCCCGGGCAGGAACGGCUGUACUCCGAAGGCGAGGUGGACGAGAUCCCGGACUGGGUGCACGAACUGGUCAUCGAUCGCCUCGUGACGAAUGGCGUUAUACCGGAGGGCUUUGUUAAUAGCGCCGUGAUCAAUGACUACCAGCCCGGGGGCUGCAUCGUGUCCCACGUGGACCCCAUUCAUAUCUUUGAGCGACCGAUAGUGUCCGUGUCGUUCUUCAGCGACAGCGCGCUCUGUUUCGGAUGCAAGUUCCAGUUCAAGCCCAUCCGCGUGUCCGAGCCCGUGCUCUACCUGCCCGUGGGGCGCGGCAGCGUCACCGUCCUCAGUGGCUAUGCAGCUGAUGACAUCACACACUGCAUCCGCCCACAGGACAUUAAGGAGAGGAGAGCCGUCAUCAUUCUGAGAAAAACGAGGCCGGAUGCCCCUCGCUUGAACACCAGUUCACUGAGCCCGUCCAUCCACUCUUCUGAGAGAAGACACAUACUCAAAGCCAAACGCUCACACCGAAAGGCCGACCCAGAUGCUGCACACAGGCCUCGUAUUUUAGAGAUGGACAAAGAGUUACAGAGGCGUUCCCUCUCCUCCCGAAAGAGACGUCAUGGUGACAGCAGUUCAGAGAACUCAUGGAGGAGAGCUGACGAGAGAGAGCUGGGCUCACGCUACACAGAUGAUCAUGCGACCACACGACGAGUCAAGAUGAGACGUCACUGAGACGUAGACACCUUUUACGUUUGCUCGAGGGGAUGGGAAGCCAACAGAGUGACUCAGUAAAAGAGAAGCUUCCGGAGUGAGUGGAUUCAUGGACAUCAGACAGUCACUGCUUUACUUAAGAGGCUUUAUCUAUCUAUUCAGACAUAUCAAAAAAUAUACUUUAAAAUCCACUAUAUUUUGUUCUGUGUGUUUAAAGGAAAUGUAUGGAAUAAAAAGACAUCUAUGCUGACUAGUGGAAUUCAAUCCUAAUUCACCAGUUCGCAUGCAUAUUCUAUUGAUCAGUCAUUAUGCAUACACCUCAUUUACCAUAACAAUAUCAAAUAAAAAUGUGUAUUGGUCAGUUUUUUCAAAGAUAGAUUUUUGAGAACUGCUCCUUUUAAACAUGUAAACAGAUUUGUUGAAUACAUUUUUAAACACAAUAGCUUAGAACAGGCAAUCUGUUCUAGAAACAGGAUAAAAAAAGAAAUAGUCAUCGCUUCAUUUGAAUGAAGUUCUUUCUGUUCUCAAUACUUAUUUCUUUUCUUUCUUUUCCAUUUAAGAGUGGUGUUGCCAUUAUAACAAGUUCUGAUUGACAACCAUGGUGAUUUGUUUUAUCUCUUUAUUUCCAAAGUAAAGAAUUCAUUGUCAGAAUAACAGCUGACCUUCGAGACCUCUAUAAGACUGUCAUAAUGACAACAUUUUUAUUAUUUUCAUACUGUGUUUCUGAGAAUGAAUAAAAAUGUAGAAGAACAAUGUAAAUGUGCAUUUGACUACAUGAGAUUCUAUAUACAGUUUGUAUUUAAGAAGCUGACAGAUUAAUCUAUUUUUGUUUAAAGGUUGAAAACAAAUGGAGCAGAUUAGAAUGCAUAAAAUAUUAAAGGGAGAUGUUCCUGAAA